GGCCCUGGAGAGACUGUCUACAAGCGUUAGAAGACGGCCAUGAUACAAGCUCCAUCUAUCUUGUAAAACCAGAAAACACAAACCAGCUUAUGCAGGUCUGGUGUGAUCAACGACAUGACCCUGGUGGCUGGACAGUCAUUCAGAGACGGCUGGAUGGGUCUGUCAACUUUUUCAGGAACUGGGAGACAUACAAGCAAGGAUUUGGUAAUAUAGAUGGAGAAUAUUGGCUUGGAUUAGAAAAUAUUUAUUGGUUAACAAAUCAAGGCAACUACAAACUGCUCAUAACAAUGGAAGACUGGUCAGGACGAAAAGUAUUUGCUGAGUAUGCUAGCUUCAGACUGGAACCAGAAAGUGAAUAUUACAAGUUGAGAUUGGGACGCUACAAUGGCAAUGCAGGAGAUUCUUUCACUUGGCACAAUGGUAAACAGUUCACCACGCUGGAUCGGGACCAUGAUGUAUACACAGGUAAUUGUGCUCAUUACCAGAAGGGAGGAUGGUGGUACAAUGCAUGUGCUCAUUCAAAUCUCAAUGGAGUUUGGUACCGUGGAGGACACUACCGCAGUCGCUAUCAGGAUGGUGUUUACUGGGCUGAAUUCCGGGGGGGAUCAUAUUCACUAAAGAAAGUUGUUAUGAUGAUAAGACCUAAUCCCAACACAUUCCACUGAAAUAAUGCUUCUCUUGGUUUGCUUGUUCUAAAAAAUCAUAUAAAGCUAUGAUGUUACUACCUGGAAUUAUCUUUUCAGAAAUGAGGAAUGUAAGAUACUGUACAUUUAUUACUAAGAUGUGAGGGCUUGUACACUGUAUUUCCAAGAGUCAUUCCAGGAAAAAAAAGCUGAAGAAAAAACAAGGAACUGACAUGACAUAACAUUCAGAACACCUCUUGGUACUAGAAGUAGUUAUAUUAAGCCUUUUAGAACUGGCAGUUUAGAUGGACUGUAGAUAAACUUUGUUUUUUAUUCCCUGUAAAUUAAGUUUGAAUGGUAAAAAUACUGCCACAACAUUUAAGUAUUUUUGUAUAUUCUAUUAUGUAUAAAUAUUCUCAAAUACAGGAAAUAUUACAAACUGUACAGCAAGAGUUUUUUUAUUAUUAUGACCAAUCAUUUGACACAGGAAACCAUAUCCUUUGAACUGUGUAGCUGGUAUAUGUACAUUAGUGUGAUUAUUCUGAUUUAAUACUUGUUGACUACCAUGAAUAAAGUUAGU